AUGAAGUUUGUGGAACCCGGUGCACGUUAUCCAAGUCUUAGUGACAUGUCCGCUCGAGCCAGAAAACAAAAAACUGCGGAGUCUGAGAAAAACGAAAGUAGUCCGACAUCGUUCUCUCGAUCCGUUACGAUUGAACGCAGCCAUACAUCAUCAAGUGGAAGUCCUCGAAAAAGUUAUUCUCGCAGUGAAAGAUCUAGUAGCCCUUUGACUAUUAGUCGAUCUGAAGAAAAAGAUGAACUUGCCCAUCUGAAUGAUCGCCUUGCGGGCUACAUCGACUACGUUCGAAAACUGGAGCUUGACAAACAAAAGCUUACUAGACGUAUACAGACCGUUACAGAAGAACGAAUGAGUAAAGUUGAGGAAGCCAGGAAAACAUAUGAAGAUGAAAUUACAGCCUUAAGAAAUUUGGUUGAUGAUCUGGCUAAACAAAAGUCAAAAGCCGAGCUAGAUUCCAAGCAAAUGAGAGAUGAGUUGAAUGACGUAAAGAUGAAGGCAAACAAACGAGAUCAAGAGAAUCGUAAUUUACAGAGAAAGACAGAAAAUCUUGAAAGGGAACUGAGUAAAUAUAAACAAGAUCAUGAUGCUUACCAGCCUCUCCUUAGUGACUACCAUGUUUUAGAAAAACGGUUCGAAGAAAUGAAACGAGACCUUGAGGCCGAGACACUACUUCGGACUGAUUUGGAAAACAAAAUCCUCGGUCUUAAAGAGCAGUUAGAUUUCCGUUCUCGGUUAUUCGAUGAAGAACGUGAAAAGUUAGUUGAACGCAGUUUAUAUAUUGAAGAAGAGGUCGAAGGACGCAAACAAGCUGAAUACGAAAGUCGAUUAACAGAGGAGCUAAGAUCAAUUCGAGAUCAAACCGCUUCUGAAUUAGAAGAGUAUAAAAUACAAAUGGAAGAAACGUUUGAGAGCAAACUGGGACAGUUGAAGUCAUCAGCUAAUUUUAGUGCAGAAGAUGCUAGUCGCCAGCGAUCUGAGCUGUUGAUAGCUCGCAAACGUGCUGAUGAACUUUCCCACGAUUUAUCCAAGAAAAUCGCUGAGCUGGAAUUGCUUCAACGACGAGUAGCAGAUCUUGAGCGGCAGUUAACUGAUGAACGGAAAGAUUUCGAAUCGCAACUUCUUUUCCAACGCCAGGAAGUAAACAGAUUAAAAGAAGAAUUGGAAGAAAGUUUCCGUGAAUUUACCGACCUCAUGAAUACAAAAAUUGCGUUAGAUCAAGAAAUAUUGAUGUAUCGAAAAAUGUUAGAGGGUGAAGAAUCAAGACUCAACCUGACACCGGCUCCCCGUGACUCACCGUUCAACAUACCGGUCAAACGCAGGCGUGUAGAUGGAGAUUUCGAGGGUGAUGAGUCGAAUGCCAGUCUAACUGGAGCCAGUUACAGUUCAUCCCGAACAAGAUUCGCCUACCGAGUGUCAUCGACUGCACGUGGACCUGUAGAAUUUUUCAAGGAACAAGAUACCCAUGGCAAGUGGAUCAAAAUACAUAACUCUUCAAAUGAUGAAAUGAAUUUAGGUGGCUGGGAACUUGUUCACGAAGCUGAUGGUCACGAGACUCGCUUCAAAUUUUCACGGGCUUUCUCCUUAAAACCUGGAGCAAUGUGCACAAUUUGGAGUCAAGAUGCUGAAGGCAAUUCACACAAUCCUCCUGCUGAUUUAACUAUGAAGAAUAAAAGUUUUCAUCCUGGCACUGAUGUCACAAUUCUAUUACUUGAUGCAGAUGGUGAAGAACAAGCCAAAUGCACAGUUAAACGAGAAAAAAUUCGUUCUGGAGUUAAUUUUGAUCGUAAAUCCGGUGUUCGUGCUCAUGAUGAGAAAUGUCAUCUCAUGUGA